AUAGCGACUUGGUGGGCGAGUCCAGUGAUGACUUGGGGAUCCGGGCAACUAACAUGACUAAAAAGAAGCGGGAGAAUCUGGGCGUCGCUCUAGAGAUCGAUGGGCUAGAGGAGAAGCUGUCCCAGUGUCGGAAAGACCUGGAGGCCGUGAACUCCAGGCUCCACAGCCAGGAGCUGAGCCCAGAGGCCAGGAGGUCCCUGGAGAAGGAGAAAAACAGCCUAAUGAGCAAAGCCUCCAACUACGAGAAGGAACUGAAGUUUCUUCGGCAAGAGAACCGGAAGAACAUGCUGCUCUCUGUGGCCAUCUUCAUCCUCCUGACCCUCGUCUAUGCCUACUGGACUAUGUGAGCCUGGCACUUCCCCACAACCAGCACAGGCUUCCACUUGGCCCCUUGAUCAGGACCAAGCAGGCACUUCAAGCCUCAACAGGACCAAGGUGCUGGGGUGUUCCCCUCCCAACCUAGUGUUCAAGCAUGGCUUCCUGGCGGCCCAGGCCUUGCCUCCCUGGCCUGCUGGGGGGUUCCAGGUCUGCAGAAGGACAUGGUGCUGGCUCCUCCCUUAGCCCAAGGGAGAAGCAAUAAAGAACACAAAGCUCUUCCCA